GUAUUUAUCAUGAUUAUCGUAUCUUAAUACAGACCUGGCAGUGACUUGGUUGCAAUAAAUAUUCAACGAGGUAGGGAUCACGGGAUACCAGGCUAUACCGCUGUUCUCAAAAAAUGUUCUACCGUAGAAAUUGAAAGCUUUGAUGAUCUUCAGCCUUUCAUGUCAGAUGACGUCAUUGGGAAGUUUAAAGAUUUAUAUAAGAGCGUGCAUGAUAUUGAUCUGUUUAUAGGAGCAUCGGCCGAGGAUCCGCUACCAGGGGCAAUUUUAGGGCCUACAUUUGCAUGUGUGAUUGGUGUACAAUUCAGCAAGUUCAAACAUGGAGACCGAUUUUGGUUUGAAAAUGAAGGAUACGAGGGUGAAUUUACACAAGGCCAAGUUACUGAAAUUCGCAAGGCAUCGCUGGCUAGAAUAUUCUGUAACAAUUUAGAUAACAUUAGAACCAUCCAGCCAAAAGUUCUCUUGAAGCCAGAUGAAGGAUUUAUCAGUUCUGAAGAGUAUGUCUCUUUUUUCAUUUUUAAAUUCUUAAUAUAUUGAUAAUAAUAAUAAUAUAAAUAAAUAGAUAAAUAAAA